CCAUGGCUAUGCUCCUUCCAGUAUAUACGUUCUAAGGUUUUGGUGCUUUUUAGCGUUUGAGAGUGUUUCCACGUGUUGAUAAGCGCGUUGUGUUUUUGACGUGUUUUUAAUUAAAAAUUUGUCAAGAUGACAGAUGUUGCAGACACAAGUAAAAAGAAGGAUUCACUUGGUGAUCUUCAAAAGAAGAUGAAGUGUGAACUUCAGCCUUCCAAUGAGGAAGUAAAGCUUGAAUGUAAAGACUGGCCUUUACUAUUCAAGAAUUUUGAUAAAAUGUUAACACGUACAAAACAUUUUACACCAUGCACAAGUGGUUCAACCCCACUUAAUCGUGAAUUAUCAGAAUACAUAAAAUCAGGUUGUAUUAAUUUAGACAAACCGUGCAAUCCAUCAUCGCAUGAAGUAGUAGCUUGGAUAAAGAAAAUUUUAAGAGUGCAGAAAACUGGUCACUCUGGCACAUUAGAUCCUAAAGUAUCAGGAUGCUUGAUAGUCUGCAUAGAUAGAGCAACCAGAUUAGCAAAGUCACAACAAUCCGCUGGAAAAGAAUACAUUGCUGUAUUCAAACUGCACUCGGCGCCAGAAAGUGUACAGAAAGUAAAGCAAGCGUUGGAGAAAUUGCGCGGUGCUCUGUUCCAACGACCGCCCUUAAUAUCGGCAGUCAAAAGACAGCUUCGCGUUAGAACAGUUUAUGACAGUAAGCUCCUUGAUUACGAUGAAGAACGCAAUAUGGGAAUAUUCCGCGUUAGCUGCGAAGCUGGCUCGUACAUCAGAACGAUGUGUGUUCAUCUGGGACUCUUUUUGGGUACUGGUUGUCACAUGCAGGAACUCCGCAGAAGUCGUUCCGGAGUUCAAUCUGAAGAUGAUAAUAUGGUUACCAUGCAUGAUAUAAUUGAUGCCCAAUGGCUGUACGAUAAUCACGGAGAUGAAUCGUAUUUGAGAAGAGUUAUUAAACCACUCGAAGCACUACUAAUAAACCACAAGAGAAUUAUCUUGAAAGACAGUGCUGUUAAUGCUAUUUGUUACGGAGCAAAAAUAAUGUUGCCGGGUAUUUUAAUGUAUGACCAAGGAAUAGAAUUAAAUCAGGAGAUUGUAAUCGUAACUACUAAGGGUGAAGCUGUGGCACUUGCUAUAGCUUUGAUGACUUCAUCCACCAUAGCUGCUUGCGAUCAUGGAGUAGCAGCAAAGACCAAAAGAGUAAUCAUGGAGAGAGAUUCAUAUCCGAGAAAGUGGGGCUUAGGACCUAAAGCAUUGGCAAAAAAACGUAUGAUAAUUGAAGGGAAAUUGGAUAAAUAUGGAAAACCAAACGAGAACACGCCAGCUGAGUGGUUACAAAAUUGCGAUUCUUCUACUACAACAAAGACAACAACAGAAGUUAAGCUUGAGCCAAAUGGCGACCAAAUUAGUGACUCUAGAAAAAGAAAGCGAGAGGAAACUACAACAGAUGUAACAGAUGUAACAGAUGUAAAAAAAGAACAAAUAACAGAUCUGGAAACGUCGUCACCGAAAGAUAAAAAGAAAGAGAAAAAAGAAAAGAAGAAGAAGAAGAAGAAAGAAAAAGAAAAAGAAAAAGAGAAGCAAGACACAGAAGAAUCUAUAGUGAUGGAAGAAGAAGCUAGUAAGGAAUCAACAACAGAAGAGAAAAAGAAGAAAAAAAAGAAGAAAGAUAAAGAUCAGGAACUUCCAUCGAGUUAAAUUUAUAUCUUUUUCUUUUUCUAGUAAAAUAAUUUUAUAUAAUAAAGAAACCAUAUGUAUGUACGUAAAGUAAGCAGUUACUUUCUUAUAACAUUUUGUAAUAACUUUUUUUUUUUUAAAGUUUGAUACAGACGAUAUUUUACUUCGCGUACAGUAACUCCUCGAAUUCUACGCUUUUAUGUUUCGAGCAAAAACUAAAAUCUGUGAAUUUUGCUACUUUUUACAUUUCUUGCAUUUAUAUACUGUUACUUUUAUCAAUUUGAAUUAUUUUUCUUAUUUAGUAACUUGUUGAAAUAAGAAGAUUUAUUAUACAUUUAUAUUUUAAUUAUGAAAAGGAAGAACUAGUUUUAUAUGAGAUACACUGAUGUAUUUUUUGAUAAAAGAUAUGUGGUUUUCUGUUUUAUAGUUUUGCACAAAUCAUUGCUAUAAAAUAAGCAAUGAUAAAUAUACCGUCAGAGAUAUAAUAUCCCAAGAUAUUCUGGUGUAUCACAAUCUGACUUCCAUAAUAAUAUUCAAGAUGAGCUAUUUUUAUAUACAAAUGAAUUGUGUUAUCAUCUAGAUAUUGUACAAUCCUUUGUGUUUGUAAAAGCAUUUACGUGUCUCAAUCUACGAUUCGCAAAAAUUACUUCGCAGACCAAAAAUCAAAUUUAUAUAAAGCGACAUUUUUAAUAAAAUUUAAAAUUUAUCACACACA